GGAUUUAAUAAAUAAUAAUAAUAAAUUCGCCUUGCCUCUACUCCUUUUUAGUUAUUGGAAAAUAUUAACGCAAUAACGCGCAAAAACAAUUCACCUACGAUUUGUUACUUUUACACCCGGUAUAUAUUAUUAUAAUUAUGAUUCCUGCGUGGCAAAUGAUAGUGGGUGUUUGUGUUGGCCUGGUUGCUUUAGUACUAACGCGGCGACAUGCACUUAACUAUGGAGAACACGCCAGUGACAAUGAUGGAAGAUCUAGAGCGCGCCAAGGAAGAAGCUCCGAUAGUAGUUAUAAACAAAAAUUUAACUCCGCUCCUGGAGAUUCUUGCAUUAUUUGUUUGGAGGAAAUGCAGAAUGAGAAUAUGACUUAUCUGCGCUGUGGGCAUGCAAUGCACGACAAAUGCUUCAGCAAGUGCAAAUUGUAUACAGAUGUUUGCCCAUUUUGCCGUCAAUCCAUGUGAGAUACCUUCGAAUCACUCGGCGUCUCUAAAAUGUCUAAUUUCGCACUCAAACAUAGAAUUUCGGUUGAAGAAAUAGAGUGCUUUUGUGUCGGCAAUUGGAAAUUUAAUUGUGUGCGCAGCUGAUUUUUAUACAUUAACAAAAUUAAAAAAGAACGCAAGUAGACUGAUUUGAUAGAAUUAUGAGAAUGUUCAUAAACCAACUAGAUUGCAGUUGAAUGUUCAGAAAAA